AAAGGGUCUGAAAUGGGUCUUCGGCUAAACCACAGAAAGCCCUCCCCUUUAAAAUCGACGCACCGCCCUUUAAUUACGCCGCCUGUAGCACUUCAACAGGCUGGCUGGCAGCCGCUAUAUGGUUUGUGGUUAUGUUUAGGUCUGGCCGUGGUGUUGACAAUACCACACUCCGAAUGCGAUGGGAAUGCUGAAGGAAUGGCUUUAAAACGAAUUGUUCUCACGUUACUGGCCCUGUCUGGGUUAGCCAUCGGUGAUGCCCUGCGAUGUAACUGCACCAACUGUGUGAAGUCUGGUUAUGAGUGUGAGACUGACGGGGCGUGCAUGGCCUCCACCUCCUUCAUCCAGGGGCAUGAGCAGCAUGUAAGGAUCUGUAUCGCCAGAGACAGCCUUGUGCCCCCAGGCCAACCUUUCUACUGUCUUAGUGCUGAGGGACUGCUCAACACACACUGCUGCUACACUGACUACUGCAACCGCGUCGACCUCAAGGUUCCCUCGCUCCCGGUGAAACCAGGAGAGCUGGGCUGGGUGGGCUCUGGAGGCCCCUGGGGGCCGGUGGAGCUGGUGGCUGUGAUCGCAGGGCCGGUCUUCCUGCUGUGCAUGCUGCUGCUGGUGGGGUUAUUCCUCUUCCAGCAUCACCAGAGGACCUACAGCCACAGACAGCGGCUGGAGGUGGAGGACCCCUCCUGUGAACACCUCUACCUGGCCAAGGACAAGACCCUGCAGGAUCUCAUCUACGACAUGUCCACCUCCGGGUCUGGUUCUGGCCUCCCCCUGUUCGUGCAGCGUACGGUGGCCAGAACCAUCGUUCUGCAGGACAUCAUAGGUAAGGGCCGCUUCGGGGAGGUGUGGCGGGGGAAGUGGCGCGGGGGAGACGUGGCGGUGAAGAUCUUCUCGUCCAGAGAGGAGCGCUCGUGGUUCAGAGAGGCUGAGAUCUACCAGACCAUCAUGCUGCGACACGAGAACAUCCUGGGAUUCAUCGCCGCCGACAAUAAAGAUAACGGCACAUGGACGCAGUUGUGGCUGGUGUCAGACUACCACGAGUACGGUUCUCUGUUUGACUACCUGAACUACUAUUCUGUGACUAUAGAGGGCAUGAUCAAACUGGCCCUGUCUGCCGCCAGCGGCCUGGCUCACCUGCAUAUGGAGAUCCUGGGCACGCAGGUCUUCCAACUCAGUGUUUCCUCCCCUCUAGGUAAGCCUGGCAUCGCCCACCGGGAUCUGAAGUCUAAGAACAUUUUGGUGAAGAAGAAUGGCAUGUGUGCCAUCGCUGACCUGGGGUUGGCGGUACGCCAUGAGUCCAUCACUGAUACUAUAGACAUCGCCCCUAACCAGCGUGUUGGCACCAAGAGGUAUAUGGCUCCAGAGGUCCUGGAAGAGACCAUCAACAUGAAACACUUUGACUCGUUUAAGUGUGCUGAUAUCUACGCCCUGGGGCUGGUGUACUGGGAGAUAGCACGCCGCUGCAACACUGGAAGUAUCCACGAGGAAUACCAGCUGCCCUACUUUGACCUGGUGCCCCCUGACCCCUCCAUAGAUGAAAUGAGGAAGGUGGUGUGUGACCAGAGGCUGAGGCCUAACGUGCCCAACUGGUGGCAGAGCUAUGAGUCUCUGCGUGUGAUGGGUAAGAUCAUGAGGGAGUGCUGGUACUCUAACGGAGCGGCCCGCCUCACCGCUCUACGCAUCAAGAAGACCCUCUCUCAGCUCAGUGUCGAGGAGGACAUCAAGAUGUAGGAGAAGAGUGGGACGGACGGCAGAGCCAUGUAGCUCGCUGGAGACGCACAACGAUAGGCAUAGGCUGUAUAUCAAAUGGCGCCCUAUUCCCUAUCUAGUGCACUACUUUUUGACCAGGGCUCAUGGAAAAUAACACGGAAAGGACUGAGACUAAAUCCUGCCAGUUUUAAAGCCACUCUCCCAAGUUGUGACAAGGCCUACCUCACCUUAUUAGCCAAAACUACUGAGAAUCUCCCCUCUGCCCCUCUCUUCUUUCUCCCUUCUUCACUGGCUUUCCUCACCUGGUUAUCCCAACCUCCUCUCCUUCACCCACUCUUAUGGGCCCCCACACUACAACACUACCAUUAUUAUCCCCACCAACCUCCUCUCCUUCACCCACUCUUAUGGGCCACCACACUACAACACUACCAUUAUUAUCCCCACCAACCUCACUGUUCUGAUUUACUUUGUGCUCCGAGGCAGUAAUUAUUACUAUUGUACAGUGACAGGAAUUUUUAGUUUGUAAUAUUUUGUACAUCUUUUAAUUUCUUUUUGCCAAAAGACUAGCUACGUCCUGAAAACUCAUAUUCAUAAUGUGGUUUCAUGUCCACAUUUUUAAGUUAAAAGAAUCUAGUUAUGAGUUUGUUUUCAUGGCAACAUGUUGCUUUUGGGAGAUUGUGGGAGAGUAGCAGACGACUCGCUUGUCGUCACCCGACCACCUGUACAGGAUGAAAUCAACCAUAUUAGGCAGAAAAGUCACAAUAUACACUGAACAAAAAUAUAAACGCAACAUGUAAAGUGUUGGUCCCAUAUUUCAUGGGCUGAAAUAAAAGAUCCCAGAAAUUUUCCUUAUGCACAAAAAGAUUGUUUUUCUUAAAUGUUGUGCACUAAUUUGUCUACGUCCCUGUUAGUGAGCAUUUCUCCUUUAUCAAGAUAAUCUAUCCACCUGACAGGUGUGGCAUAUCAAGAAGCUGAUUAAACAGCAUGAUCAUUACACAUGUGCUGGGGACAAUAAAAGGCCACUAAAAUGUGCAGUUGUGUCACAACACAAUGCCACAGAUGUGUAAGUGGCAUGUUGACUGCAGGAAUGUCCACCUGAGCAGUUGCCAGAGAAUUUGUUCUCUACCAUAAGCCGCCUCACAUGUUAUUUUAGAGAAUUUGGCAGUAGGUCCAACUAGCAUCACAAUCACAGACCACGUGUAACCACGCCAGCCUAGGCCCUUUACACUCACCUGCAGGAGUGUCUGACAUUAGCCACCUGGACAGCUGAUGAAACUGUGGGUUUGCACAACCAGAAUUUCUGCACAACUGUCUGGUAAACUCAACUGUGUGCUUGUCCUCACCAGGGUCUUGAUCUCACUAGUUUGUCGUAACUGACUUCACGCAGUAAAAGUGUGCUUUUCACAGAUGAAUCCCAGUUUCAUCUGUACUGGGCAGAUGUCUUACAGCGAGCGUGUAUGGCGUCAUGUGGGCGAGCAGUUUGCUAAUGUCAACAUUGUGAACAGAGAACCCCAUGGUGGGGAUAUGGUAUGGGCAAGCAUAAGCUAUGCACAACGAACACAAUUGCAUUUUAUUGAUGUCAAUUUGAAUGCACAGACAUACUGUGAUGAGAUCCUGAGGCCCAUUGUUGUGCCAUUCAUCCACCGCCAUCACGUUUCAGCAUGGUAAUGCACAGGCCCCAUGUCGGAAGGAUCUGCACAGCUGAAAAUGUCCCAGUUCCUCCAUGGCCUGCAUACUCAACAGACAUGUCACCCAUUGAACAUGUUUGGGAUGCCCGACGUGUACAACAGCGUGUUUCCGCCAAUACCUAGCAAUUUCGCACAGCCAUUGACGAGUGCGACAUCAUUCCACAGGCCACAAUCAACAGCCUGAUCAACUCUAUGUGAAGAUGUUGCGCUGCAUGAGGCAAAUUGUGUGCCUCAUACUGACUGGUUUUCUGAUCCACGCCCCUACCUUUUUUUUUAAGGUUUCUGUGACCAACAGAUGCAUAUCUGUAUUCCCAGUCAUGUGAAAUCCAUAGAUCAAGACCUAAUUUAUUUAUUUCAAUUCACUGGUGUCCUUAUAUGAACUAACUCAGUAAAAUCUUUGAAAUUGUUGCGUUUUUCAUAUUUUUCUUCAGUGUACAUCAUUAGAGUAGACAUACAGCCGUUCCUAUACAGCUUUCAGAAGCCUGGAAUAGCUUAUAGUUGAUUCGACAACAUUUCACAUUAGUCAUUUAAGACUUGUCAAGCAUUAAAACAGACGGGUUGCAUUCUGCUACUUGAAUACCCCACGUCGCUCACUCCUUGUACGUGACUCCUACACGUAUCACAUUUUGAGAUUUGGUCCAGUUUAUGUUUUGAAAUGUGGCAGGGAUGUUUUUUUUAAUGGUUUUAUUUAUUAGAUCAUUUUUGACGAAUACACUGCUUUGAUGUGAUUUAAGAAGCCAGUCAAAGAUGAGUGAUCGAUCUGUAGCCUAUUUUUCAGUCCAACAUGUAGGUAGGGGUAAGGAGCCUUUUGGACCUAGACUUAAGUGCUCCAUUACUGCUUACCGUGCGGUAGCAGAGAGAACAGUAUGACUUGGGUGACUGGUAUCUAUAAGAGGCAUAAACGAUGGUAAUAAACUGUUUUACUGGUGGAUACAUUGUGAUUUGUAUAUGAAACAUAGGCAUCUCUUUUUCUCGCUGUACUGUGGUCAUUUUUUUCAGUGACAUCUUCAAUGGUACUUUCAGCGAUGCAGAAGUCAAAGGAGAGCUUGUCCUAGAGCUGAGGAAAACAAAUGUUUUAUUCUUGGCUUGUAGCUAUCGAUCUUCCCUUUUACACUGGGCUAGUUGAUAUUGUGAUGUAACUAUGGGCCCAUUGUGUAUUUAUUUUCAGACAAAUAUGGAAUUUUUGAUUGAACAGGGCAAGAAUAGGCUUUGAUAUCUAUAACUGUUAUUAACACUGGAACUGGGCUCUCUGAAAAGGGAUACGUGUUCUGAUGGCAUGCAGAACAAGGGGGCUGUCUCAACACGGGGACAUCUGUCUUUACUGAGGUAAAAGAUAUAGAAUGCAGAGGGGGAAAAUACAUUUUUCCCCCCUUUGGAUUUGGGGCGUGUAUACCCCAGUAAAUGUAUGUUGCUGCUACUGUAACAUUGGCAAGGAUAUGACAGAUGGUGUAUUUGGGGGUCAAUCUAUCCUGGUAUUUCAUGAGGGCUUUGAGGAAGAGAUGGUUGUCAUGAGAACCAAAUGUCAAAUAUUCCUAUUCAUGUUUUAGCAUGGGAAUUCGUUUUUGUUAUACCAUCAAAUGUCCUAUUCAUACUGUAAACACCUCUUUAAUAUUUCAGACACCAUGUUACACUACUCUUUUUCAGGACUAGUUAGAAAGUGUGUACAUAUGGUAGGUGAUAUACAUUAAAAUACAAGUUUUGUAUUA